AUGGCCAGCUCUGAGUACAAGCACUCGAUCCUCUGGCGCGGGGAGGACCCGACCAAGAUCAAGUUCAAGCCAGCCUAUGACGGCACUAAGAAGGUCGCGAGGUAUCGAAAAGGCCAGAUCCCGGAAUGGGCGGACGAGACCAAGAAGCCCGAAAAGAAAGGCCGCGAGAAGAGGGAGGAGGAGGCGGACCUGAAACAGGCGGCCAAGCGGCGGCGACAGGCCGCUGCGGCCGCGGUGCUCGAGGCAGAAGGCGAACGAGUUCGUGCCUCCGAUGGCGCCUCCAGCCGCCUGGCGCGGCUACAGCGCUCCGCUGAGAAGGCGGAAACUGGCACAGAGAGGCUGCUGCGACAUCGCCGCGUCGAGGCCGCCGUGAUCCUCGAGGCGGACAAAGAUGAGAAGGAGGAGGCGGAGGCGAAGAAGGAGGUCUUGAAGGAGGAAUUGGACGUAGACCUCAAGCCCACCGUGGCUGAGGUGAACGUAGACCAGAUGGGCUCGGAUGACGAGGAUCUCGACAUCCGGCAAGUGCGCCGGGAGAGGAUCCGGGAGCAAGCCCUGAUGAAGCGGAAGAUCGAGGAGGACGUGCUGAAGGCAGAGAUCGAAGAGGAGCAAGAGGAAAUCCCGGAGGAGAGCGAAUAUGACUCCGAGUCCGAGGACGAUGCGAGGCGCGGCCCGCUCAUGAAGCCCGUCUUUGUGUCCAAGGUGAACCGCGAGACAGUCCGGGAGAAGGAGCUUCUCGAGAAGGAAGAAGAGGACGCCCGCCGGAAGAAGGAGGUUCGAGCGCUGGAGCGGAAGGCGGAGUCCAAGGUCUUGCUCAUCGACAAGAUCCAGGAAGAGGCGGAGGCGGCGCGCUCAGCAGAGGACCAGGACGACCGCUCGGACGUGGAGCUGAUGGACGACGACGACGAGAAGAACGAAGCGGAAGAGUACGAGUUAUGGAAGAUUCGCGAGUUGAAGCGAAUCAAGAGAGACAAAGAGGAGCGCCUCGAGAGGCAGAGGGAGAUCGAGUUCGUCCUCAAGCGCCGGCAAAUGACGGACGAAGAGCGGGCCAAAGACGACGCCAGGAGCUGGAUGCGGCGAACCCAAAGAGGGCAGACGUGA